UGGGUGCUUUGCUCGCCUUCCUCCGUUUCGUUUUAACUGACGGACUCCAGUCCCACGCUCACUCUCUCACUCGCCCGCUGCUGUUCUGCCUUUCUUCCUCCCCCUCUCGCUUUCCGGUCUCUGACUGGUACACUCCAAAUCAGAGCGCCGCAUCCAUCCAUGGAGUCGGAGUCGCGAAAGCUCCUGCUCCUCGCGCCCAUCCUGCUCUGCCUCUGCUGCUUCCUCGCCAUAUCCGCGGCGGAGCCCUACAUCGGCGUCAACUACGGCGAGGUGGCGGACAACCUGCCAUCCCCAGACGCCACGGUGCGGCUCCUCAAGUCCACCGCCAUCUCCAAGGUGCGCCUCUACGGCGUCGACGCGGGGGUCAUCCGCGCGCUGGCCGGCACGGGCAUCUCGCUCGUCGUCGGCGUGGCCAACGGCGAGAUCCCCGCCAUCGCCGCCGACCCGGCGGCCGCCGCCGGCUGGCUGGCCGGCAACGUGCUCCCGUUCAUCCCGGCCUCCGCCAUCUCCGUCGUCGCCGUCGGCAACGAGGUGCUCGAGUCCGGCGACGCCGCGCUCGCCGCCGCGCUGCUGCCCGCCAUGCAGAACCUGCGCGCCGCCGCCGUCGCGGCGGGCGACGGCGCGGCCGCGGCCAUCAAGUUCUCCACCGUCAACACCAUGGCCGUGCUGGCGCAGUCCGACCCGCCCUCCACGGGCGCCUUCCGCGCCGAGGUGGCCGCGCAGCUGCAGCAGAUCCUCGGCUUCCUCAGCAGGACCGGCGCGCCCUUCAUGGUCAACCCCUACCCCUACUUCGCGUACCAGUCCGACCCGCGCCCCGACACGCUCGCCUUCUGCCUCUUCCAGCCCAACGCCGGCCGCGUCGACGCCGGCUCCAGGAUCAGGUACACCAACAUGUUCGACGCGCAGGUGGACGCCGUCAAGUCCGCGCUGGGACGCGCCGGGUACGGCGGCGUCGACAUCGUGGUGGCGGAGACCGGCUGGCCCACCAAGGGCGACCCCACGGAGGCCGGCGCCAACGUCGACAACGCCAGGGCCUACGUCUCCAACCUCGUCGCCCACCUCCGCUCCGGCGCCGGCACGCCGCUCAUGCCCGGGAAACCCGUCGACACCUACCUCUUCGCGCUCUACGACGAGGACCUCAAGCCCGGCCCGGCCUCCGAGCGCUCCUUCGGCCUCUACCACACCGACCUCACCAUGGCCUACGACGCCGGGCUGACGACCACCACGUCCGGUGGCGGCGGCGCGGCGACCCCGAGCAACGGCGCCGGCGCUUCGGUGCAGCCCAAGGGAGGGUCCGGAUGGUGCGUGGCCAGCGCCGGCGCCACGGACGCGCAGCUGCAGACGGACAUGGACUACGCGUGCUCACAGGUGGGCGUCGACUGCGCCGCCAUCCAGCCCGGGGGCGCCUGCUUCCAGCCCAACACCGUGCGCGCCCACGCCGCAUACGCCAUGAACCAGCUCUACCAGGCCGCCGGCGGACACCCCUGGAACUGCGACUUCCGCCAGUCAGCCACCCUCACAUCCAGCAACCCCAGCUACGGGUCAUGCGUGUUCACCGGAGGCCAAUGAUGCAACGGACGGUUGUCGAUCCGCACAAUUCUUUCCGCGAGUACCAUGAUUUGAUCCUCGAAUAAAGCCACAAAUAAUGUGGCGGUGGUUGAGUGUGGGGAUGCAUUCGUGCAUAGGCAUCUCCUAGCAGUCUAGCAGUACUAGCAGAUAUGCCCAUUUUUCAUCUUGUUUUUUCUUCUUCUUCUUCUUCCUUUUUGUUGUUGCGUUGGUGUGUACAUGGCGGCUCUUGCGUGCUAAUUAGCGCGGUUUGGGCAGUUCAGUAGCACUGACUCUGUGUAAAGAUGUGCGAGUUGUUGUCAGGGUUGGUAUUGCUUGGGCGGUGUCUGUGUAAAGAAGCUAAUUAUU